AUGUCGUAUCUCGAGGGGGACAACGACCCCUUCAAUAUCCCGACAGUCUUGUACCAAAACAUAAUCGACGCAAGCAGCCCACUUACGCCGUGGCCCCACCAAUUUCUCCGGCACCCCACCAAUAAUAAUGUGUCUACUAGUACUAAUACUACUGCUACUACUAGCCUGUGGCCCGAGGUGGACUGCCAAAAAUGGCUCGAUUCCAAGCCUCAUGGUUCAGUUCUUUACAUCUCGUUUGGCAGCACAAUCGAGACAAACACUCAGCUGAUUCACGAGAUAGCUCACGGGCUGAUGCUGAGUCAGCAACGAGUGAAUUUCAUAUGGAUUCUACGGCGUAAUCUUGUCAGGAUCACGUCCGAUGAUGAUGAUGAUCUCUUGCCACCUGGAUUUGAGGAUUGUGUGGGUGACCGAGGAUUGGUGAUUCCUUGGUGCAAUCAGAGCCUAGUGCUUUCCGAUCCGAGGAUUGGUUGCUUUCUGACGCACUGCGGGUGGAACUCUGUAUUAGAAAGUAUAUGGCAUGGGGUUCCUAUGAUUUGUUUUCCUUUGUCCGUUGAUCAACCGACCAAUAGAAAAUUGGUUGUCGAUGAUUGGAAAAUCGGGAUUAAUCUCUGUGAUGACCAGACCAAACAAAUUUCUCGACAACAAGUUGCACAAAAGAUCGAUCACUUGAUGAGUAGUGGAAUAACGAGCUUGAGGCGAGAAAUAAAGAAAGUCGAGACGAUUUUGCACCGGGCAUGGGCUGCAGAUGGUUCAUCCAACGGGAAUCUCGAUCGAUUUCUACAUGAUUUAAAGGCUAAAACUCAUUCUAAGUCAUCUGCAAAUUAAAUUAAAUUAAUUCAUGAUAAACAUACAUGUCAAUUACCUCUAUACCUAUCCCGCCCUUAUUGUUUUCAUUUUCAGUUAAAGUCUUUGUUGGUAAGUUGUAACUCUAUUUGUUGGCUUUUCAAACCAACUUGAAUCA